AUGACUAAAUCUCAAGAUCCAACCUCAUGUAGAAGCCAUGAUUGUUGCACUUCAGCCCCAGUAGAAAAACGUAUUACAUAUUAUGUUUCUAAUCCAAAGUCUCUCACUAAGCUGGAUCCACUUAACAGUAAAUUCGUUGAUGUAGUUCAUAAACUAGGUCAGAUGGAUGCUGGAAAACUUGACUUGUUAGACGAUGGAGAAUAUGGCUUUGAUGGACCUCCUCGUGAGGCACUAAGUCCAAGUGCUGGCUUGGGCAUAGGAGGUGGAUAUGGAAGAGGCUACAGAGGUGGAUAUAGAGGAAACUUCAGAGGUGGAUAUAAGGGAGACUUCAGAGGUGGAUUUAGAGGUGGUUUAUAUUUUAAAGGAGGUGGAUUUCCAGGAGGAACACCUGGAGGCACAGGAUUUCCUAGAGAGCAAUGUGACGAAUCCAAAGAAUUUGACUGUGGAGAUGGAACGUGUGUGGAUAAAUCCCUCAAGUGUAACGGACACUUUAACUGUAAAUACCGAUAUGACGAGGAGGACACCAUAUGUUCUGUGGGAUCUACAGCCAGUGUUGUGCUGUCUUCAGAGCACAUGAUUAUCAUCUUGGUGGUAUUUUUUGCUCUGGUGUUUGGUAUGUGCCUGUCAAUCUCAAUUUCUUGCUAUAAUAAGAUCAAGGAAAGAAAUGAGCGGGAACGAGAGUACCGACUGCGUCGCUCCAAAGAAGCAUCAAUGGAAAUAGAUUUAGACAACAAAAUUAGUAGUUUGGAUAAGAACGAAGGAUUAAUAAUGACCCCCCAUACGAAGAUGAGAUCUCGGAAGAGUAAUAAUAAAGAAUUACAAGAGGCAGAAGGAGACGGAUGUCACGUGCCAGAGCUCGAUAAGUAUCCUAAUGGUGGUUCUUCAGUGAACAGAGCGGAGGACCACAGCCCAAGAUCUCCGCCCACUAGACAAGUAGCAAUUACGAUUUUACCCGAUGGUAGUCAACACUAUCCGUUCUGUAGUUACCAUAGAGGUAGUGAGAGUCCUCCCCUACCUCCACCUCCCCCGCCCCCGCUACCCCCUCACCUACGCAGAAACAGAGAAGGAACCUCGGAAGGUCUUGUCAUUGUUGACAAUCAGUGUCCGAAGCACAACACUCUUCACGCGCAGCGAGUCCACGGCCGCGAAGUGCCUUCCUUUCCACAGGAAGUGCGAACAGAAGCAGUAGUUGAGCUGUAUCCGGACAGUCCUGGAGGUUGUCGCCAGAAGUAUGACCACAAUACAUGAAAGUUUAGUCGCAGGGAGUAGCCAAACCUCGCGACUAAUAUAUGGUUUGACGUAUAAAGUGCGAAUAGAGUCGCAAGAAAGACCAACGCCAAUUAAAUUAAAAGUCUCACUUUGCCGAUGUUCAAAUAUUAAAAUACUUCAACCAGUUUGAUCAUACUAGCCUAUCAAGAACAGUCAAACAAAGCGCCACCUAGUGAUCUUAGAACAAUUCCUGCCCCGUGUGUGGAAGGGAGUUAAAAUACAGUGGCAUUUAACUUAAAGAAAUAAUAGAAGAGAUGAUUACUGGUAAUAAUAACCUACUCGUGUUGCUCAAGUAAACGUGCCAACUUUGACCUUUGCAAGUGGAGGAACGUUAUUGUCAAGAAUAAUUAUUUCGAACGCCAUCUUUAGUUCUGAGAAAUGUUUACUAAAUUUUGCAAGAAACCCCAAAAAACAAAAUAUUACAAGCUUCCAAAAUAUCAUCUAUUACAACAAAUAUACAGUCCAAUCUCUUGUGUACGCCUCUCACGAGCCAGUGAAUAAUGAUUAGAAUUAUACUUGUAAUAAGACAAUAGUGUUAGGCCUAACACUGAUGUAUUAUGACAAGUAUAAUUGUAAUCCUUCUUCGCAGGCUUGUGAAAGGAGUUCACACAUAACAAUUGUAGUUGUAUCAAGUGGCUAUAAUAAGCAGUGUUCCGAACACUGGUGUGUUUGUUGUAUCCCAUUUGGCUUGAAAAGCUCUGGAUUGAGCAAAACGCGUCUUCGGUAAUGGAUAUGACAAAUACAGUUUGGUUGGAAUACUGUCAUACUAAUUCUUGAAACGUCAGAAGGGACUAGAUUAAAAAUGUGUUAGGCCUAAUGUUAUUGUCUUAUGACAAGUACGUUUGCAUAAAGUGUUAAGUACAGUAUUAUUUGAUUUGAAACAUUGUUGCUCCCAUUUAUUUGGUAAAAAAAAAAAAUGAUACGUAAGCGUGAAGAUUUGAAACAAGCAUUGUCUAUAGUGAAAAUUAAUAAUAUGUAACCGUCAAUAAUCGUUUGUGAAAGUUCAGUACAUUACUUUUUGAGUGCCUUUAAAACGUCGUGCUCAGGCACUUGCUUCUAGUUUCCAAAGACUUUGUUGUAUUGGGUUCAUAUCACAAAUGGGAAGAGUAACAUGUUUAAAGUGUUUUAUAAAAAAUAUUUAAAAGAACAUAGCGUAUUACAGCUCCAGUUUCUCGCUAAUGUACAGGAAGCGAAUUGGUUAACUUUUUAUCAUUUCCGCUCUGCUUUACAAAAUUUACUCUUUUUGAAUUUGCGUUCUUGGGGUUUUUCCAUAAAUAUUAGAACAUUUGGAGUUUCACCUUAAAGAAAAAUGAUGUAUGUGAUGAACUUGGUUAUAAGUAUCUUAGAUGUAUCCAAAUAUUUGUUGAAUAUUUCAAUAAUAACUUAGAAUGCGACAUACAGAUAAAGAUUAACAUCAUUUUUAAGGUAAUGCAUUUUGUUCAAAAAGUUUUUAUUUGGAUUAUUGAAUUAUAACACAAUGGGAUCGGUGCUGAUCCGAAUUACUCCUUCAGGAACCGAAAGAUAAGUAAAUCCACGAGAAGAAAACACCAACGGAGUUAGGUAUCCGAGAGGGAAAAUAUAUAACAAACUGAAAAAUUUGUAGAAAAGCUAAAAUAACAAUAAAAGUUUCCCAGAUUUAAAACUUGCACUGAGUAUUGAGCGAAAGUUAAGAUCAUACAAGUGAGAAAUACAAGACUUUUGACAAACAAGGUUAUGAUAAGUGGAUCCUGUAAGAUUAUAUAGAGACUAAAGGUUAUGAAAAGUCGAACUGCAUGAGCUGUGAUUCAUUUAAAAGCCAAAUCUUAAUUCACGAGAAUACUGAGAAUAAAUAUUUCAAAUGCUGGUGAAAACGAAAUCUCCGAACUACGAAUUAUGAAAAUACAUGUUAUAGAUAUCACACCCUGAAAUAUCGAGGGAAAGUGAUUCAUAAAAUGAAACCACUAUUAUUAUUUUUUUUGAAGAAGUCAUGAUUAGGAAGAUCUUGGACUUUCUUGUAAAUUCUUUACUUCUUAAAUUGUAUUUUAAGUUUGCAGGAUCUGAUAUAAGGACACAUUCUAAACAAAUAAUUUGAGAAUGACCGUGUUAGAUAUGAAUCUUGAGAAUAAAUAUUGUAAAUAUCAAAUAUGUAUACAUUAAUCAUUUUGCCAAGCAGUACUGAUGAAACGGGAAUUCGGCAAAACUAGUCUACUGCAGAGGGAAUAGCGAAACAAGUAGUAGAUUAGGCCUCUAAGUUCAUCAUGGAUUCUUACUUUUCUUCACUGAAAUUAUAAAUUUUGAUGAGGAAAAGCAAACAAUUCACAAUUAAUAAAUUUUGUUUUUUUUUUC